GUGGCACAUCAGAGUGCUGGAGGAGCGACUCCAAUCACUACCGCUGUUCCUGGCUGAAUUUCCCUGGCUGACGUCAGCUGACUGCCUUGGCUCUCCGCUCUCUCCGCUCCUCCGGACACAGCGCCGUGUAAAAAUGCUGCUCUCUGUGCCGCCAAGGACAGGAAUCAACCCAUACAACGGAUACACCGGCAAAAACAACAAGAAGCAGACGUAUGUGUCCCCCUCCAACCAUCAGAUGGCUCCUCCAAGCCCCAACAACAACAACAACAGCAACACCACCACCACCAUCAGCAACGGCAGUGGCAGCGGCAACAGCAGUAGUGGGGGAGAGCAGCUGAGCAAAACGAACCUGUACAUCCGUGGCCUCCACCCUGGAACCACAGACCAAGAUCUGGUCAAACUCUGUCAGCCGUAUGGGAAAAUCGUGUCCACCAAGGCCAUUCUGGACAAGACUACUAACAAGUGCAAAGGUUAUGGCUUUGUUGACUUUGACAGCCCAGCCUCAGCUCAGAAGGCAGUGACAGCGCUGAAGGCAGGUGGAGUGCAGGCUCAGAUGGCCAAGCAACAGGAGCAGGAUCCCACCAACCUGUACAUCUCCAACCUGCCGCUGUCAAUGGACGAGCAGGAGCUGGAGAACAUGCUGAAACCCUUCAGCCAGGCUAUUUCCACACGCAUCCUCCGUGACGCCAAUGGGACCAGCCGAGGAGUGGGCUUUGCCAGGAUGGAGUCAACAGAGAAAUGUGAGGCCAUCAUCCAACAUUUCAAUGGAAAAUAUAUCAAGACUCCACCUGGAGUUCCAGUGCCGUCAGAACCCUUGUUGUGCAAAUUUGCUGAUGGAGGCCAGAAGAAACGCCAGAGCCAAGGAAAAUAUCUGCAGAACGGCCGGCCCUGGACCAGAGACGGGGAGACUGGAGGAAUGACCCUUACCUAUGACCCCACUACAGCCUUACAGAACGGGUUCUACUCCUCCCCGUACAGCAUUGCCCCCAACCGGAUGAUUGGACCAACCUCCCUCUCCCCGUACAUGCAUUCACCCGUGUCCACCUACCAGGUACACAACCCAUCCUGGAUACAUCACCAGUCGUACAUCAUGCCACCCACAGGAGCAGUCCUGACGCCAGGAAUGGACCACACCAUGUCCAUCCAGCCGACCUCAAUGAUAGGGCCCCUGACACAGCAGCUCAGCCACCUCUCCAUGGGAAGCAGUGGCACAUAUAUGCCUGCAAACACAUCUAUGCAGGGGACCUACAUCCCCCAGUACACCCAAGUGCCUGCCACCAACAUGUCAGUUGAGGAAAGUGCCGUCCAACAACCUGUUGCCAUAGAGACACCCACAGAACAUACAACCUACUCCUACCAGCAUAACAAGUGAAGAGAUCCUUCCUCUAUAGCCGGGGUGACUCUCGAUGGGCGCAGGUGCUGAAACACACCACAAUGACUCUGCACGUACUCGGCACCAGAUGCUCGGGAGGAACACGGACUGUUACACAGAAAGGACAAAAAAAAAAAAAAAAAAAGGAAAGGAAAAAAAACAUAUUUUCUACAAACUCAUAUUUUAAAACAAACUCUUUUACUCCAAACAAGCAAAGCUGGAGGAUGGCAGGCAAUGGGAAAUGGAAGAACAGAGCAAGGAGUGUCUAUUUUGAUAACGGUCUCUCUCUCUCUCACACACACACACACACACACACACUACACACGACACGUUUUAAAAGGUUUAUUUGAUUAUCAUUUUUAUUCUUUUGUAAUACUACUCCGGGGGCUAGAAUGAAUCCCAGGAAAAGAACAUUUCAACACCAUGUUUUAUUUUGAGUCAUGCUUUGUUUUGACCUUUUCUAAGAUGUGCUGGUUUUACUUCUCUUAUAUUCUCUAGUCUGAUACUUUCAGGCUUUGAACCUGCCUUUUUGUACAUAAUUCUUUUGUUUUCAGUGUGUUUUUAUAGCUUCAUGUGUCCUGGUUUGAUCGAUUGGUGCAAAUAUUUGAAUAUAGAAGGCUCAAAAACAACAUUCAAAAAGCUGAUGACUCACAUUUUAGACAUGAUAUGGUGCUGACUUGGAUUAGCUUCUCUCGAAGUGGCAACAAGUUUUCUUUUUUUUUUUCUGGGUAUGAAACCUUACCUGAAGUGGUCUCACUUCUUUUUGGCACUUGACUCUCAAAUAAUUUAUAGUUCCAACAAUCUCGACAAAAGCUUCAGACAAUCAGAGGACUAACAAAAGGAGACAAAAUUUUGAGAUGAUGGUCAUUAAUGUCAGAUUUCGCAGAGAAGACUUCUUUAAAAGAGCUAAAAUAGAUUGAAAGCAUUCCAGAGAUUAUUAUCAAAAAUGUUCUAGAUAUUGAUUCACUUUGAGCUGCUCCACUUGAUGAAAUCCAAAGUUGCUUAACAGGGAUCACAUCUCAUACAGAGCUGCCUGUAAAUAAGAGAUUUAAAUUUAUUUGGGCUUUCUUUUGAUUCUCUUCUAUCAGUGUAGUAAUGCUUCAGUUAUUUUAAUAACAACAUUAAACCAAAUUGUCUGAACGAUUUAUGUUUUUUCCUUGUGUCCCCCAAGGGGGAAGCUGAAUCUCAACUAAGUCCCAAAAAUGUAUUUUCUGAAGCAAAACUUUGAGAUAUUGUUAUUAAGAGUUUGAAGUUCUUAUUACAUAGAGAUGGAAAUCAAAUGGUAAAGCGUGGCUCUGCCUGUUAUAUCUUCAGAAAACACCAUCAAGAUGGAUUAUUAAGGCCAGUAGACCGAUGCUUUAAUACUGGCCGUUGCUGUGUGUUUGCAUCUGCUUCUGCAUUUCUGUUUUUCACUCUUGCGUUUUUUUUGGUUUUUUUUUACAUUUCUUAUUUAAAGGUUUUCUUAUGUUUCUUUUUUCAAAUUCAGUUUUAAUACUUUUAAGAUUGAUCCUAUUUUUCAAAGAAACUUUGAUUUUAUUUUUGAUAGUGUGUUGUGUGCUAAAUAGUGAGAAAUUAGUUUCAGUGUUGAUGUCAAAGAGGCUUUAAUUUUUUUCUUUUUUUUUUGAGACAUUUCAGUUCUGUCUGUGUCACAAAUGUUGGCACUUUAUGAACAUGACUCCUGUUCGUGGAUGAAUUAUGUAUGCUAGGGUUCAGAUACAUUGUUACAGAAUUGUGCCCCAAGCAGUUGGGAACAAUGUUAAGAGAAAAACAUAUAUGUUCAAAACCUUGACUUACCUCAUCCUGCCAGAGCAAUGUAGAUUCAGUUUGUGUACAAGGUUCACAGGCAAUAACCAACUACAGUAGGUCUCAUGGCUGUUCACAGCUGGUACUGUGUCCACAUCCUUUAACUCUUCCGUCCAAUGUUCGGAAAACUUGCCCAAGGUCUGAUGAUCUAUGCAAUUAAUUUAUUAUCAUUAUAAAUGCAAUACUACAGAUAUCCAAGAGACACCUCACACUAUGACAGUGGAUCACCUCACAAUAUGACUUCACAUUCUGGCUUUCAUUAUACAUACAUUUAGAGUUUGUUGUUUUCUGACUGACACUUAUUCAUCUUUGGUUCAUUAAUUGUUGCAUUAAAAGGGAACUCUUUCAUACCAAAAUGUGGUUAAUAUGACUGUGGGAAAUAUAAAGAAAAAAAAACAAUAUGGCAGGUGUGCUUUAAUAUGUAUGAAGGGGGGUGUUGCCCACUUGUCUAUCCAACCUUUUUUUUUUUUAAUAUGGACACUAUAGAGUUUUGUUAGAUGUAAUUCACAGUUCCAUCCAACUGCAUUUCUUUUGUUAUGGUUACAUUUUGUGUGUUCUUUCUAGUCCUGUUUGUUAACUCGUUCUCUUCUUUUUCUGAGUAAUUGAAGCUGUUUACUUCUUUUAAUCAAUGAAACAGUUCAUUCAUUUCCAGGAGAAAACGAAACUUCACAGAAAUGCCUUAGAUUUCACUGGAAGGGAUAGUGAAGUGCUACUCAGAUUUGGUGGGCUUGACCUCUGACUGGAAUUUUUUUUUCCAUGCACUGCUAAUGUAGAAAAGAUUUUUGUUUUAUCAGAACUACUCUGAACAUAGAUCUAUGAAGCAAAGAAAUAUUUACAACUAUUUUGUGUUCUUUUGUCAUUCCAUUAUUUUUAAUCCAAAACAUUGAAGAAAAACUAAGUGGUGGCUUACUGAGUCUAAAGAACUAUUGCUGCUAAGUUUGGAUUUCUAAGUAUUUAGAAAACUUUUAGCUGAAGGUCAUUCAAUAUAUCAAGUCACAUUCGGGACCAGUUUGUAACUCAUGUUCAACAAUGUCCAUGCAGUCCUUUAUUUUUUUAUUUUUUGUGAAUUAAACAACCUCUUCUCAGUAAAUGUUUGUUGUCUGUGCCAUGAUGCAGGUCUUUUGUCUCCCUCAUAGAGAAACCCCUACAGCUAUUAAAACUUUUAACUUGGUUUGAUUUUGAAUUUGUCAUUUUUUAAAUAAAACUUUUUCACUGUG